UUCUCAUCUCCAUUUCCAUUAUCAUCAAUCUUUUUCAUUUCCAAUUUCCAUUAAUCUUUCUCACGAUUCUUCAAGAAUUAAUAAUGGCUGGACAAAUUCCAUUCAGUAUCUUAGAACAAGUAUUAACAAAGCUGGGGUCGCUUGCUUUCCAAGAAAUUGGAUUGGUCUGUUGUGCCAGAGAUGAUCUAAAGAAGCUUGGAAAUUCUCUCUCCACUGUGAAAGCUGUACUUGUAGAUGCUGAGGAGAAGCAAGAGCAGAGCGAUGCUGUGCGAAUUUGGAUAGGGAGGCUUCAAGAUAUUGUGUAUGAAGCGGAGGAAUUGGUAGAUGAGAUGGCAACUCAUGACUUGAGGGGGAUGGUGCAAGGCCAAAGGAAAGUCGCAACACAGGUAUUGGACUUCUUUUCCUCCUCAAAUCAGAUUUGGUUUCGUCUCAAGGUGGGCCAUAGAAUUAAGGACAUUAGGGAGAAGUUAAAAGAGGUGGAAAAUGAAAUUUCUAGCCUCAAUUUAGAGAAGAAAAUAAUAAUAGAUGUGAGAGAUAAAAGUAGUGGAAGGAAGACAUCCUCUGUACUGAAACCUGAUAUAAUAGGCAGGGAAAAAGAUAAGGAGAAAAUGACUUUGUCAUUGUUGAAUCCAACUAGUAGUCAAGGAAGUGUUUCUGUGAAUGCUAUUGUUGGCAUUGGGGGCUUAGGAAAGACUGCACUUGCCCAGUUGGUGUAUAAUGAUGAAAAGGUUAAAAAUUACUUUGAGAAGAAGAUGUGGGUAUGUGUUUCUGAGGAAUUUGAGGUGAAAUUGCUAGUUAAGAAGAUCCUUGGAAGUGCAACUAAUAGUGAAGUUCUUAAUUUAGAACUAGAAGAACUGCAUAUUCGUCUUAAAGGGAAUUUAGAAGGGAAGAGGUAUUUGUUGGUGUUAGAUGAUGUAUGGAAUGAUGAUCAGAAAAAAUGGGAUGAUUUGAAAGCUUACUUGUUGGUGGGUGCCCCAGGAAGUAAAAUUUUAGUCACCACUCGUUGUACAAGAGUUGCAUCAGUCAUGGGUGUGGAUUCCCCAUAUGUUUUGCAAGGUCUAGCAGACAAUGAGGCUUGGGAUUUAUUUGAAAAAUUAGCAUUUGGAGAGUGGGGUGGUGGGGUGAAUCCUAACCUAAUAAAAAUUGGAAGAGAGAUGGUAAAGAAAUGUAAAGGAGUUCCACUUGCAAUAAGGAGUUUAGGAAGCCUCAUGCGUUUGAAAACUAAAGAGAGUGAGUGGUCUUCCAUUUUAGAAAGUGACUUAUUAAAGUCAUUUCAAACAAGUGAGAAUGAGAAUGUUCUUUCUGUGCUGAAGUUGAGUUACUAUCACUUGCCCACUUAUUUAAGGCAAUGUUUCACUUAUUGUGCCAUGUUUCCCAAAGAUUACGAAUUCGAUAAAGAAACAUUGAUUCGUUUGUGGAUAGCGCAAGGAUACAUUGUCUGUUCAAGUAAGGAUGACGAUUUAGAGGAUAUUGGAGAUCAGUACUUCAAUGAAUUAUUAUGUCGAUCAUUCUUCCAUCAGUCAGAAAGUAUGGAUGGUUAUAAAAUGCAUGAUCUUAUCCAUGAUCUAGCACAAUCGAUAGCAAAGGAUAGGUACUUUGCAGUAGAGAAUGUUUGCGAAGGAAUCCAUCAUGUAUAUUGGCCAUCUUCUUUGAAUGAAAUUGAGAUGCUGGUUAAAGUGAAGGGCAUGAGGACAUUAUUUUUUGAAAGUUUUCCUAAAAGUGUAACAUUAAAAAAGGUUUCAAAUUUUCAAAGGUUACGUGCCUUGCAUUUAGGGUGGAAUAUAAAGGGAGUACCAAAUUCAAUAGCAAGAUUGAAGUAUUUGAGAUAUCUUGACAUUUCUAGGUGUAAGAUGGAAACGCUCCCAAAGUCCAUAAAUAAUUUGCAAAACUUGCAAACUCUAAUACUCUCAUAUUGUAGAAGGCUUCGAGAAUUGCCGAGAGAUAUAGAAAAAUUGAUCAGCCUUAGGUGCCUCAUGAUUAAUGGAUGUGAGAGCCUAAGAUGCAUGCCAAUUGGAUUGGGGAAAUUAACUUGUUUGCGCCAACUGUCAGAUUUUGUGGUGGCAUGGGAUGAAGGCUCUAAGGGGGCUAUGCUAAAUGAAUUGAAUAGCCUAAACCAACUUAAGGGAAGGAUUGUCCUCCAUGACCUUAUAAAUGUGGAAAAUGUUGAGAUAGAGUCCAACCAAGUGAAUUUAAGGGAAAAGAAACACCUCCAGUAUUUGGUGUUACGUUGGAGUUUUUCUUUUCUUUACGAGGAGACUGGAGUUGAAAAGAAUGAAUUAUUUUUAGAAAAGCUUGAGCCUCAUCCAAAUUUACAAUCCUUGGUUGUGGAAUCUUUCAUGGGUGUGAGAUUUUCAAGUUGGUUGUCUUCUAUCACAAAUUUAGUAGAAAUUAAGCUUUUUCAUUGUAAAAAAUUGAAGCAGCUACCACCAUUGCACCAACUCCCUUCUCUAAAAACCCUUUGUCUUGAAGAACUUGUUUCUCUGGAGUAUAUAUCAGAUGAGGAGCCUUCCUUUUUGGCAUCGCCAUCAAUUACAUUAUUCCCAUCACUGCAAGAGAUUGAACUCAAUGAUUGCUAUAAUUUGAGAGGAUGGUGGAGGAAGAAGAGGAGUGGGGUUGAACUUGCUCAAUUUCCUUGUCUUUCAAAAAUGCAAAUCCGGGACUGCCCCAAGCUUAUUGUAGAUGAUGGUGAAGUCAUUGAAUGGGGAAGUUUCAGGAGUCUUCAAUCUCUUUCUAUUGGAUUUCUUUCAGAAUGGACAUCUCUACCAAAGGGGCUUCAAUUUGCGACAAACCUGCAAGAGCUCACCAUCGAUUAUUGUUCUAGUUUGACGGCUUUACCAGAUUGGAUAGGCAACCUCACAUCCCUUCAACGGCUAGAAAUUUCCUAUUGCCCUGAUUUGAGAUCGCUGCCUGAGGGAAUGCAUUUACUGACUUCUUUACAGAAGUUGAAGAUUACAGGAUGCCGCGAGUUGUCUGCAAGAUGUAUGAAGGAAAAGGGUGUGGAUUGGCCAAAGAUUGCUCACAUCCCUAAUCUCGAGAUUCAACCUCCAGAGGAAUAUUUUCAAUUUCGCUUAUAUGGAGAGACAGAUUCAGGAGAAAGAGUAAUAUAAUAUAGAGGAUCUCAAGUUUCAAAUUUACCACAAAAAAUAUUGAUACAUGUCUAUGGAGAUGGAUAUGCAAAGUGAAACAAUCUUAUGCUAUUUUUAAUUCUGGAGUUGGAAGCACAAUUCUACAAAUUUGAUUAUUCUCCAUAUAGGCAAUUUAUAGUAAUCUAUUGAAUGGCAUUUGUACCUUUCAUUUGUUAAAUUCUAAUAGUUGAAGUGUUGAUUUAAGCUGUACAUAAUAAAUAAUUAUUUUAAAACAUUUAUUACAUAUAUGUAACAUUGAAAAUACAA